CCGGGCGAAUGCGGUGGUACCAAAGAGGAGAGAAAUCUGAGCGGCCGUGCCAGGUGAUGUGAAAAGUCACAAUACCACAUCAAAACCAGGCUUUUCCGUCGCAAGUUCUGACCACUCAAGGGGAUAUGAGUAUCACCAUUUGUCAGUAGGUGAUGGGCACGUGUGAUCAGUGAGUGAGAUUUGGCCAUUGUGAAUACUCGUGGAGCAUUGUACCAGCAGUUGAUUGACAGCCGUAUCUCCAGUUCACCUCCCUCUGUGUGGCACUCUUUUUGCCACCUCUGAGUCUCUGAAGGAAAAACAUCGCUGAGGGAUCAGACACCUCCCCACUACACACUUCCUAGCCAGACUCCCUCAGCACAUCGCCUCCCCUUCACCUCCCCAAGAGGGAGAGAACAGCAGCCACCAUGGUGCUGUCACAGAGACAAAGAGAUGAACUAAACCGGGCUAUAGCCGACUAUCUCCGUUCCAAUGGAUACGAGGAAGCCUAUUCCACCUUCAAGAAAGAGGCAGAGUUAGAUAUGAAUGAAGAGGUAGAUAAAAAGUAUGCAGGACUUUUGGAAAAAAAAUGGACCUCAGUCAUCAGAUUACAGAAGAAGGUGAUGGAGUUGGAGUCAAAGUUGAAUGAGGCAAAGGAGGAGAUGACGCAUGGAGGAUCUGUGGGUCAGAAGCGAGACCCCAAGGAGUGGAUCCCCCGUCCCCCAGAGAGAUACGCCCUGAGUGGGCACCGCGCUCCAGUCACGCGUGUCAUUUUCCACCCUGUCUUUUCUGUCAUGGUCACAGCCUCAGAGGAUGCUACCAUAAAGGUGUGGGACUAUGAGGCGGGGGACUUUGAACGAACCCUGAAGGGCCACACAGACUCUGUGCAGGACAUCUCCUUUGACCAGACAGGAAAGCUGCUGGCUUCAUGUUCAGCUGACAUGAGCAUCAAACUCUGGGACUUUCAGGGGUUUGAGUGCAUCCGAACAAUGCAUGGCCACGAUCACAACGUGUCGUCUGUAGCCAUCAUGCCAAAUGGUGACCACAUAGUGUCUGCCUCCAGAGACAAGACCAUCAAGAUGUGGGAGGUGGCCACUGGGUACUGUGUGAAGACCUUCACAGGCCACAGGGAGUGGGUGAGGAUGGUGCGUCCCAACCAGGACGGCUCAUUGAUCGCCAGUUGCUCCAACGACCAGACGGUGCGUGUAUGGGUGGUCGCCUCAAAGGAUUGCAAAGCUGAGUUGCGGGAGCAUGAACAUGUGGUAGAGUGUAUCGCCUGGGCCCCUGACAGUGCUCACCCCACCAUCCUGGAGGCCACAGGCUCAGAGAGCAAGAAGAGUGGAAAGCCUGGCCCCUUCCUUCUCUCUGGAUCCAGAGAUAAAACCAUUAAGAUGUGGGAUGUCAGCACUGGCAUCUGCCUUAUGACUCUGGUGGGACAUGACAACUGGGUGCGUGGCGUGUUGUUUCACCCUGGAGGAAGAUUCAUAGUGAGCUGUGCUGAUGACAAAACCAUUAGGAUCUGGGACUACAAGAACAAACGCUGCAUGAAGACCCUGUGUGCCCAUGAACACUUUGUUACCUCUUUGGAUUUCCACAAGACUGCUCCCUACGUGGUGACAGGCAGUGUCGAUCAGACAGUCAAAGUCUGGGAGUGCCGCUGAGACUGCCUCCAUCUCUUGCCCUGUCCUGCUUCCCACCCCCCACCCCCCAACCCCAACUCCAAAAGUAGCCCUAAAGCCCCAACCUGCCCCAGCCUCUACCCCUGCACCUCAGCCCUCUUCCUUCUGUCCUGACAACCAACCCUGCCCCGCACCUCUCGCACUCCAAACCAUAGUUGACCAUGGCGCUUUACCUUCUCCCUGUCCCCUCCCUUUGCUCCCCUCUCCUUCCCUCCUCCCCUACAUCAGUCCAGCCCUAUUAAGAUGACUAUUGUCCUUUUAUGUAAAUUAUUCUGGAUGUAGGGUACGCUUAAUAAAUGUCACGCAAUCUCUGACACAUAAACACACUCAAAAGAUAAGAAGUAUUCCUUGCAUGGUGAAUCAAUCAAUCAAUCAAAAAAUUGUAUACUGUUAAAUUUGCCGAAUUUGCAUUUCUGUCAUGACUUCCCAUCGGGUCAAAGGGUAAAUAUCCUUGUGUGCUGCCGCAGGUGGAUUCCAGUUAACUGACAGUGCACGAAAACCAAUGGCACCCCUUGUUGAAGGGGUUUAGGUUUUUUUCUCUCUUUUUUUUGUCUUUUUUUUUUAGUUUUACUCCAUGCCUCCAUUGUUGUGGUCUGUCACUGUCCAGAUGGUGAUAGAGAAGAUGUGAGGAAAGUGAGUAUAAGAGAAAGAAUGAGUGGAAGCUGUCCAGGAGAAGAUGAUAGUAAGUUGAAGAAAAAAACGAAGCAGGAUGCUGCUCCCUAGUUGAAUCACACGAGGUUCUGUGGGCGAGUGCACGUGUACAUGUGUGUAUACAUGGUGUGAGUGUGUGUGUGUUUGUAUAUUAUGACAGGAGAAUCUCUCCACUGUCUCUGCUCUGAUGGUCGGAGGACAGAGAGGAGGCAAAGCUUCUCACCCACUGUGUUCAUUCAUACUACUUCAUCUCUUUUAACAAACUUGCUUUCUAGUAGACACUCACAGGACCUUAAUGAUCCCUAAGCUGCUGAGAGCACAGGCACACACCCCAUAGCAAAAGUGUGUUUUACAGAGGAAAAAGUCUGCUCACCUUUUAUGAGGUUUGUGUGUGUGUAUGUCGCCCCAGAGAAUCGCCCAGUGCCCUCUUGCUCGCUAUCUCUGCCUUGUUAACCCAUUGAGGGCUCCCUCACGGGAUUUUCAUUCUGCUUUCUGUGGUCUCACUGCUCUCUUUACACACACAUACACAUACACUCACAAAUGCACAUACACGCACAGUAAAAGUUGUGUAUCAAUAUAUCUGGAUGUCAUUGUUUGCAACAUAAUGAAAUAAAAUUCUGUAAAUAUAUAA